AUGAAAAAUUGUAUUUAUAUUUAGGAAAAUGGCCAAGCAUUUAAAAUAAGUUACACAAGGGGAGUGCUGAAUUUUCAAUUAAUGAUAAUAUUUAUUCUUUUGAAGUGUGUAAGUCCAACAAGACUCAUUUAUAAAAACUUUUUUGAUAGUUUUACUUAUGUAAAUAAUGGUAAUACUAAAUUGAGUUAUAUAGAUUGGUCGAUAUUAUCUAAAGAUGUAAAUCAUCAAAAGGCUGUAGUACUUUGUGGAUCUAAAAACAUUUUAUUUUUAGACAACUAGAGCACUUAGUAUAAUCUGUUACUUCAUAAAUCAUUUAAUCUUGAGGUUCAUUAUCAAGUCACAGUAUAAUUUUAAUUAUGGAUGUAAUAUAUUGAUGAUUUAUUUUAGGCUUGAUAAUUGGAUAAAUAAUCCUCUGCUAAUAUAUUUUGAUAAUGAAAUCAUAAUCAAUGAUUAAUACUCUUGUUCACCCAGUGCAACAAACAUUUGUAAGGGUGCCCAAAACGAUGAGGUAACUACAAUGUCAAUAAAUGUCCUACAUAAUCGAUCUUCAAUAUAAAUCGUAAUUUUUGCUUAAUCUGGUAAAAUGGGAAUUUCUGAGUUUUAAUUGUUCAUAGAGGAAUGCCCUAGUGGAUGCCACUCGUGUGAUAUUGUGAAAUGCCAUACUUCAGUACUAUUAAUGCAAUCUUUCAACUCAAAAAUGAUUUCUGCUAUUAAUUCUGAAGGAUGGAUGUUUAGUGGUACAAUUUAAAUAACUAUUGAUAAUUGUCAUGGUAAAUGAAUAAAUAAAAACAAUAGACCUCUUUUAUCAUAAAUCUUCGGGAUAUAAUCUUGAAAAAGAAAUUUAAUUAAAAGAUCAUUGGGCCGUUAGUUUAAAUUUAAAAGUGAUGAUUUUUAAUUCAGGCUCAACAACUAUAUCNUAAAGAGGUAGAAAAAUUUAUUCUAUCGUUUUCAGAGAAUUGAAUUUUGAGUUAGAAGAGAUUCUCAGUUAAAAUAUUGUUGGAUUUAAAUUGGGCUUAUGA